AUGAGAAUCUGUGCCUUUGUUUUAAUAGCUCUUGUUGCAAUUGCUGCUGCCUAAUAAGAUACUUAUACUGAUGAUCAAAAAAAUUAAGCCUUGGAGUGUAUGCAAAGAAUUGGAGAACCAUGCCAAAGUGGUAACAAUGAAGUAAAAGAAGCUUGCCAAGAUGAAGUAGACUAACUUGAUUAAUGCUUUGAUUAAUGUAUUGAUGAUAAUAAAGAAACCACCAAUAAUAUUAUUGGAUGUGUAUAAUUGAAUUGCAAAUCUGAAAAUAAUAAUGCCUAAACUUUCUUUGAUUAGAAGACUGCUUGUAUGGCCAUUUUAGAAGAAAAUCCUUCUAGUAAAGAUGAAAAGAAAAUUGAUUUAGACUAGGAGAACAUCAAUAAUACUGAAACUCCAUGA